CUGACUGCGCACCGCACGCUAUUAUUUGUUGAGUCAUUGUAGUUACUUUUGGGACUAAGUUAUCAGGUGGUGGUUUACAACAGUAGUGUUGGGAGACGAAAGACAAACUUGUACUAUGGAGGUCACUGACAAUCAUGUUGCCUCUCUAUUAUUGAAUAGAGCAGCGCAGCUGAACUUUCAUACUGGUAAUUUGGUUAAUUGGAGGUGUUUGAAGAAAAAGAUGCCUUCACCCAGCGAGGAGCUUCAGGAUUGUAUUCGAGCUAUUCUAGCUGAAUGGAGAUCACGGGUCACCACUGAUGGGCUACAGGAAUCACCAGAUACAGUGGAAUGUUCAUUAGCUCAAACAGAAACCGUCAACGCAGAUGAACGGGAAGAGCUGAAAGUGUCAGCAAAACUCUUCAUCACUUGCUCUGAUUCUGCCUACAUCAGUAAUGCUGUGAACAUGGCAUGUGCGGCUCUCGAUGUUUCCAAUCUUGAUUCUGUAAUUAUUGCUCCCCCUCCUCUUGAGGAUGGAACUGAACUUACACUGGAGCAUUUGCAACCUUAUUGGGGAGAACUGGAAAACCUUGUUCACAACAAACAGGUUUUGGCUAUUGGUACAUCUGACUUAGAUAAAACACUACUAGAACAGCUCUACCAGUGGGCACAGGUGAAACCUUCUAGCAAUCAGGUUAACCUUGCAUCCUGUUGUGUAAUGCCACCUGAACUAACAGCCUUCGCUAAAGAAUUUGAUAUUCAGUUGCUUACACACAAUGAUUCCAAAGAGAUGCUGUCUGCAACAGAUUUCCAGGAAGCUAUAAAGGAAAGCAUCCCAAAUGUUCGAGCAAAUGAGUGGAAACUUAAAUGGAUCCUCCGAUAUUCUACGAUUGUUAAAAGCAGAGGAAUCAUAAAAUCAAAAGGAUAUAUUUUACAAGCUAAAAAGAGUGUACUUUAAGGAAAAGAGAAAUAGUUUUAUUUAUAGUAAUGUACUGUACAUUAAAUUCAUCUGUAUGUGUAGUGGAUGAAAAAAAAAUCAAGAAUAUAAUGAAGACCAAAAGACAUUUCAUCUUUGAUUUAUGCUAGAGGGGCCAAUAUGUUUACAAAAGAAAAGUAAUUCUUUAAGAAUUUGUAAUUCAUGCUGUAUAUUUCAUAUCUGAGCAUUCAUUAAUGUAUAUGUUAUGUUGUAUUCUAUUAAACCCACUCUUUUCUAAUUAAA